UUCAAGAUCCGCCUUCACGAGGACACCUUCCAGGGCUACCUCUGCGACCCGCCUGAGGCCUUUGUUGAGACCAACAAGGACGAGCUCAUCCAGAUGUACGACCAGAUGGUGAGUGGCGACGCCGUGGCGUGCACGUGCGACGACCUCGGCCAUCGGACCGAGGGCGUUGACACUCCUCGAGCUCAGAGCUGAUCUCAGACCACCAUGCGCCGCAUGGAGCAGGCCGCCGACGCGUUGUACAAGCAGAAGCUGAUCCGCGGCUUCUGCCACCUUGCUAUCGGACAGGAGGCCGUGUCGAUCGGCAUGGAGCACGCGAUCACGCCCGAGGACAAGGUCAUCACCUCUUACCGAUGCCACACCUUUGCCGUGCUGCGCGGGGGUACGAUCAAGGGCGUGUUGGCCGAGCUUAUGGGCCGCGAGGCGGGCAUGUCGCACGGCAAGGGCGGCUCGAUGCACAUCUUCACGCCUUCCUUCUUUGGCGGCAACGGUAUCGUCGGUGCCCAGGUGCCUCUGGGCGCGGGCAUUGCCUUUGCGCAGAAGUACCUCAAGAAGCCGCAGGUGACAUUUGCGCUGUACGGUGACGGUGCGUCGAACCAGGGCCAGGUGUUUGAGGCGUUCAACAUGGCCAAGCUGUGGAACAUCCCAUGCGUCUUCGUCUGCGAGAACAACAAGUACGGCAUGGGCACGUCGGCGGAGCGGUCGUCGCAGAACACGUCGUACUUCACUCGUGGCGACAAGAUCCCCGGUAUCGAGGUCAACGGAAUGGACGUGCUUGCCGUCAAGAAGGCGUGCGAGUGGGCCAAGGACUGGACUGUUUCGGGCAAGGGCCCGCUCCUCAUCGAGUUCGUGACGUACCGCUACGGUGGCCACUCGAUGUCCGACCCCGGCACGACGUACCGCACGCGUGACGAGGUGCAGCAGAUGCGCAGCGCACACGACCCCAUCGCCGGCCUCAAGCGUUACAUCCUCGACUGGGGAGUGGCGUCUGAGGACGACCUCAAGGCGAUCGACAAGCGCGCCAAGGACACUGUCAACGAGGCGGUUGAAGAGGCCAAGAAGUCGCCCAUGCCUGGUCUUCACGAGUUCUGGACCGACAUCUACUACAAGGGCACGGAGCCGCCCUUCAUGCGUGGUCGCACCAAGGACGAGAUCCACGAGUACCAGGCGUCUCAGUGAUUGGGCUUUGGGGUCUCACGCCUGGCUGGAUACACGGGCGCCAAGGCCUCGAAGGCUUUCCCCUGGGAGUAGAUCGCUGAUGUGGUAGAGAUGAUGCAUGUACUGUUACAGCGUGG